AAAAAAGUCCAGGGUGGAAAAGAAUAGAAUAGAAUAGAAUAGAAUAGAAUAGAAUAGAAUAGAAUUAAUUAAUAGAAUUAACACUUCGUUUUGUGCAAAUAAGAGGAUAUUAAACUAAAGAAAGUUCUGGACGGUAUCCUGUAGUCACCUGUUUUCACAGCUGGCCAGCCCUGUUUGACAAGUCGCAUUACUUCAUGUCGCCCACACCCAUAGCCAAUAGCAAAGGCAGCUGAUCAGGAAACAGUAGUUUGGAAAGCACACUACUGCUGGGUGGACGGUUUCCCAGUGCUACAGUCUUUAAAUGGCCCUUCAGAAGGAGUACAGCCUGGAGGACACGCGAGAAUGUCCGGUGUGCUACGACAGUCUCGCGGGCAUUGAGAGGACUCUGAGCUGCGGACAUGUGUUCUGCCACGACUGCCUGGUCAAGAUGCUGGUCAGCAUCAAAAGGGAGGGAAACAUCCAAGACACCAUCGCCUGUCCCAUCUGUCGACAUCUGACUUUCAUCACGAGACAAAGCGAAGCGUUGCAGCCGCUCAUAGAGAAAAAGGAUCCGGACGAAGGGCAGACCCUGGAGGUGCCUCUGCCCGUGUCACAGGGAGGGCAGCUCCAGAGCGCACAGCGCGUCUCCAGAGACUCCUUACUGAACGAAUCCAACAGGAGUUCCCAUUUCUUCUGCAGGUGCAUCUCUUGGAAACUUCAUAGCCAGAGAACAAUCAGUUCCAGCCCAAAUGCACAUCAAGUUUACAUCAUAAGCACCCAAGGGAGACCUAUGACUGAGGAGGACGCGCUCGAUGUCUGGACUGUAGUCAAUCCUCAAAGCAGGCGAAGACGCACUGGUUGCGUUUGCUCAACGGCGCGAUGCCUGGUCUUCUUGCUUUCGGCAUUUACUGUUCUGGCACUGGUGACUUUAACUUUACCCUGGAUAUUACUGUUAUAAUGUGACAGAAUAGUAAUCUUUCUGAGCAUUGUGCGUUCAAGCCCAAUUUAACGCACAUAAUGUUAAAGGUAUUAAGUUGACAUUGUUUCCUUUUACUAUUAUUUUUUAAAGAUGUGAAUAAGCACUUAUUUUGACUGACUCAAUAAUGGAAAAGUAAACAAAAAAACAUUUUGUAAUCACAGUCAGAUUAUGUGCACAGAUAAUAAACAAGGUUUGUUAUAA